AUGUUAUUGAAGUCCAGCAGCCAGGAUUCACCAGGCUGUUGACAGGACCGAAAUCAGAGAUGCAUUCUCUGUAAGCAGAUCUGCGGCACCACUCCCUGCCGGCUGAGAUGAUGGGCGGCUUAGCCAAUCACACGGGAAACAGGCCAGCUAGCCCGAUGGCCUGGGAAAGGCAAUCGCUUGGGCUAAACGGAGAUUCGCGCAGAACCAGGAGGCAGCUCUUUCAGGGCUGAUGGGCUGAAGCGGCAGCCCAAGCUGAAACUCAGCCUCAGGCGUUACGGAUGGAGCCAGCUUGGAACCAGGAGCUGGCAGAGCUCCAGAAGCCUUUGUUAAGCAGGGCCAAACUGGAAUGGGGAGCCUUCCCCUGCAGGGGAUCUGGUGGCCCCCUCGGUCAGAUGGAGCUCAGCGAGACGUGAUCCAAAGGGCCACGAUGAGGUUCAAGAGGAAGAAAGACCUCAAGGAGCAAAUCCAUGACCUGCGGGCCAUCAUUCACAUGCAAGAUCAAGGGAAAAGGCUCUUCACUCAAGGAAGGGAGGAAGCAGUGUGCAGAAACAGGGACACGAUUGGCUUUCUGCGCGCUACCCUCCGGGAGGACGUGCACGAGCUGGAUCUUGGGCUGAAGUAUGACCACGUCACAAUCAACAAGGCCUGCCGAGAGAAGCGGGUGAAAAUGGCUUUGGCUGAAUAUACUGUGGAGCAAGCACGAGAGACCCUGAGCAACUGGGUCUUUGAUCGGAUGAACACCCACAAUAUCCUGCUGCACGAAGUCAAGCGCCGGGGGAAACGCCUCGAAGAGCUCCAGACGACGCUGCAGGACCUCAUCGACUUGGAAACGGCCAGUCCUGAGGCCCGGAUCCAGCUCCAGACAAUCCGUCAGCUGGAGAAUAACAUUGAGAAGAUGCACUUCAACGUUGUGACUGCAGAAAAGAUCUACAUCCUGUAUGUGAAGAUGCUGGACGUCCUGAGAGAUGAACUUUCUCACUUUCCUUUCAUCCUGGAUGACUUGGAGCGCCGGGUGAGCAUCUAUAAGAUGGAACUGAAGGGAAUGGACUUGAUGGCCAUCGAUAUGUUGGAAGCCAUGGAGGCUGCCAAGGUGGACAUGACUAACACAGAAAACGAGCUAAUUGCCGAGAAAAAAUUCAGGGAAAACUCGCUUAGCAUCCAGAAGAAACAGAUAGAACGGAUCCGCAUGAAGGAUGCCAGUGAGAGGCACCGGCGGAUGCAAGCCCGGCGAGACGUGGAGUUCCCUUCCCUGAUCAUCCACGAAGGAUUGAGGGGGGCAAAGCUGGAGGCUUCCAAGGCCCAGAUUGAGUACCAGAGUCUGGUGACCACCGAGGUAGAGAAGAUCAAAAGUGCCGUGCAGUGCUCACAUCUCUGGGAUAUCGCUGGGCGCUUCAUGGCCCAGAAGAAGUCUGAGGAGAACCUGCAGCAGCAGAUCGCCGAAUCGGAGAAGAAGCGGCGAGACCUCAAGGCCCACUUGCGGGUCCUGGAGCUGGAGCGAGCCCAGCUGAAAUUCCACCAGUCCCUGGGCUUCCUCAGCUCAAAGAAGCUAGAAGAGAAUCUGCAGAAGAACCUGGAGAAGGAGGAAGAAAGGCUUUUGCGGGUCCGUGACCAUGUCUCCAGAAACCAGGAGCUUCUCCUCCACUUCGAGAAUGGGGUUGACAACCUGAUCAUGAGGCUGUGUGACAUCAGCGUGCCUGGCCAGGAGGGGUUCCCCAAGAUGGAGGACGUGUUCAAGAAGCUGCAGUUCUGUGAAAUGAAACUUCUGCACCUGAGCCGAAUGACUCUCAAUUUGCCCUCGUACAACUUCAGCCAAGAAGACAGCAAUGAGACGUUUGUCCACCUCAGGAAUUUCCUGGAGGAGAGCACUAGAGAGGAGCACCAGAACCUGAGAAUUACUUUCGAUGAGGACGAAGAGGAUGUCCGAGAAGCAUUUAACUUUGCGGACAUCGACCACAGCUACGUGCCCGGUCGGGAGGAGAUCAAGAAGCAGGGCCUGAGGCUCAUCGAUGAGAAGACCAAGGUGGUCAAGAAGAAGCAGAGGGGGGCCAAAAAAUGAGGCUCCCGAGAACUCGGCUGCCCCCCCAGCUGCGGGGAUUUGACUCUACCCAGUUUCUCUUUUAAUCUGUAUUGUUUAAAAUGGCACCGAGACUGCCUUCGAGCGUGCCCCCGCCAAGUGCGCAGAAGGGAGGCCCUCCAGAGCUCCAGGACUGGAAUAAAGACCCAAAGAGGCCAAUGUCGCUGUGCCCC